AUGGCUUCAUUCUUUUUAGUUCAUUAUGAUACACUGGAGAGAGUCUGUUUGAAGAAUUGCUUUGCGUGGACGAAGCAAGAUUGGUUGAACAUCUUCAACAUCUUUCUCAACAGUCGAUUACCAACAAGACUCGUCGAAUUCAAUAUUGUGUCAUAUCCUGUCCGCUUGAGACAUGGCCAAUCGGACUAUUUUGAAAAGGGCGACAUCUACGGGCAUGACAUGUCGGAGGAAGCAAAGAAGGAAAAGAUGAGGAAAUUCGUGGUGGGGGAUGCAAACCUCACGUUCAAACAAUUUCAACCUGUGGAGAUGUAUGCUGAUGACAAUGAUCCGGAACUUGAUGAGAGUGAUGUUAUUGAGCGCUGGAAGGAACUGGAUAGGUUGAUGGAGAGGAAUAGAAAGAGAUUAUCUGGGCGAUGA